AUGGCGUCGCUGCUCGCGCAAAGUCCUGCCGCGGCGCUAUCUGAGGCACGACGCGAUAGUGUCUCGACUGCAUCUGAUGCGACUAUAAAUUUUGAUGAGGAGAUGGACGGCGAUCCGCUCUGGGAUGUAUACGAAGAUGGAAUUCCUCUCGCGCCCUUGUACGAUGCGCAGCGAAGAAUGCGGUGGGACACUCGCCGACACAAAGAUUCCGAUUGCAUUUGGGGAAUGGAUAGACGCGGCCUUAUGAUCAUUUGCAGCGUGGUUGGCGGCAUGGUGUUGACUAUCAUUUUACUUCCAUGGCUCGCAGCCUCGUACAAUAUAACACCGACGCCCGCGCCGCCGCCCAACAGUACGCGUGCUGCACACACCACGCAAUCUCCUGUGCCUAUAACCGCAAGUGCGCCUACCCGUAGCGUCCUGUACUAA